AUGUUAGAUGGGAUACCCAAGUAUCUUGGUAGCCUCUGUAGUCUGGAAACUUUGUAUUUCGAUGAAAACUCUGUUGUUGUCAAAUUUCUUGAUUUUCUUGAUAACUUGUCUGGAUGCACAUCACUUGCAUUAAAAGAGUUGGAUGCUUCUAAUAGCCAGUUUACAGGUAUAAGUGAGAAACUGUGGGAACUAUCGGGGCUUGAAUUGCUUGAUGUUUCUUUUAAUAAUCUUACAGUUCCUUCUACAUAUCACUUGUCAAGCCUUUCUUAUGUAAAAGCUAUUGAUCUGUUGUCCUGUAAGAUAGUUCCUCACUUCCCAAAAUGGAUCCAAACACUCAAAAAUCUCGUCGUUCUUGAUCUUUCCAAUACUGGAAUUUCAAACACAAUUCCUCUGAAGUUUUGGGACAUGUGGGCUUCUCCUUUAACAUAUUUGAAUCUUUCUUCCAACAAUAUUAGCGGGAAAGUAUCAGAUUUAUCAUCAUAUUUUGCCGAUGAAUCUAUCAUAAUAUAUUUGAGUUCCAAUAGCUUUAAUGGUCCAAUACUGAAUGUUCCUUCCACCUUGUUUAUAUUAAAUCCUUCCAGAAACAAAUUCUCUUGA